AUGAAGCCGGCUUUUACGUGGUCUUGUAGUGAUAGCUUGAUUGAAAUAUUUACCCAUCGUGGUGAAAGAUCACCAGAUCCAACCUGGCAAACACUAUCGCAUAAAGGAACUAUUGCCAGCAUUGAAUAUAGGAUACGGGUCCUCUGUGAUAAAAAUUAUUAUAAUAAAACUUGCAAAAAGUACUGUCGGCCCAGGAAUGAUUCUUUUGGGCACAAUACCUGUAAUGAAAAUGGGGACAAAAUUUGUUUGGAAGGCUGGACAGGGAAACAUUGUAUGAAAGCAAUAUGUCUUGCUGGUUGUCAUCCCACACAAGGAUCUUGUGAGGUACCAGGAGAAUGCAAUUGUACAGAUGGUUGGCAAGGACCACUUUGUGAUCAAUGCAGUCUUUAUCCAGGCUGUAUGCACGGCACCUGUAGAGAACCUUGGGAAUGUAACUGUGCUAGGAAUUGGGGGGGACUUCUCUGUAAUAAAGAUCUUAACUACUGCGGAACUUAUCAACCUUGUUUGAAUGGUGGCAUUUGCCAAAACACCAAACCUGAUGAAUAUUCUUGCACCUGUCCUAAAGGAUUUUCUGGAGGAAACUGUGAAAUAAUUGAUCGUGACUGUGAAACUAAUCCAUGUGAAAAUGGUGGCACAUGUGUAAUUGCAGCAAAUGGAGUGUCUUGUAUUUGUGCUCCUGGCUGGACUGGAUCUUUGUGUGAAACUGAUAUUGACGAGUGUGCAUCAAACCCAUGCAUGAAUAAUGGCUGGUGUGAAGAUCAAGUUAAUGGAUACAAAUGCCAUUGUCGUCCUGGCUGGCAAGGGGCUCAGUGCCAGCUAGAUGUCGAUGAAUGCAAAGACAGCACCUGUGUGAAUGCAAUCUACUGUCGGAAUCUUCAAGGUAGCUAUGAAUGUCAGUGCCAGGCAGGUUGGACUGGGAAAAACUGUGAUAUGAACAUCAUUGAUUGUGUUGGUCAGUGUCACAAUGGUGCUACAUGCGUUAACCUUGUGAAUGAUUACCGUUGUCAGUGCAGACCAGGCUUUACAGGGCGGCACUGUGAUGCAGCGAUAAAUGGGUGCCAUAGCCUACCUUGUCUAAAUGGAGGUGUAUGUCACGACCUUAACGAUGGCUUCAGGUGUGAGUGUCCCUCAGGCUAUGUUGGUUUGCAGUGUCAGAUUGCUAUCAAUUUGUGCCAACAAAACCCUUGCAGAUCUGGUUCUACAUGUUAUGAUAUGCGAGGAGAUUUCUACUGCCAUUGUCAGCCUGGUUUUGAAGGAAAAACUUGUGAAAAAAAGAAGAAAAUUUGUCCAAAUGGUUCUUGUGAAGGUUAGCUUCAAGUUUGUCCAUUUCUUCUACUUGCCAUUAUCUUCCAUUCAGGUCAUGGUUUCCCAUUUAAAAG